AUGGCGGAGGAAAAGAAAGAGCAAGAGGAGGCAGCCAUGGGGGAGUCCAUAGGAGAGGAGGCUCUGAGUGUUCCCAGGACUCUGAGGGGGAAGGCCCACAGUGAGAACCGCAGGGAGGCCAAGAUAGAGUUGCACCCCCUGCAGAACAGGUGGGCUCUGUGGUUCUUCAAGAAUGACCGCAGCCGGGCCUGGCAGGACAAUCUGCACUUGGUCGCCAAGGUUGACACUGUGGAGGACUUCUGGGGGAUGUACAGUCACAUCCAGCUGGCCAGUAAGCUCUCUUCUGGCUGCGACUAUGCCCUGUUCAAGGAUGGCAUCCAGCCCAUGUGGGAGGAUGGCAGAAACAAGCGAGGUGGCCGCUGGCUGGUCAGUCUGGCCAAGCAGCAGCGCCACAUCGAGCUGGACCGGCUGUGGCUAGAGACGUUGCUGUGUCUGAUUGGAGAGAGCUUUGAGGAGCAUGGCAGGGAGGUGUGUGGGGCCGUCAUCAACAUCCGCACCAAAGGGGACAAAAUUGCUGUGUGGACGAGUGAGGCAGAGAACCAGGCUGCCGUGCUGCACAUAGGGCGUGUAUACAAAGAGCGCCUGGGCCUUUCUAUGAAGACCAUUAUUGGAUACCAGGCCCACGCAGACACAGCCUCCAAGAGCAACUCCUUAGCCAAGAACAAGUUUGUGGUGUGA